CAUCGAUCCACGGCCCAUUCUCGUGUACCGCUGCCGUGAGAUCCAAGCAAACACGAUUCCAUCGGUCAAGAAGGGCCGAGGGCUGAGAGAAUAAGGGUAAGGGGGGCGAUGGAGGGGCGUGGCAGGAGCUUGGAGGAUGAAGAGAAGAGAAGCCUGGUAGAGACGUUCCUGGGUAUCACCGCCUCUACCCGAGAGGAAGCUCUUUUCUUCCUCGAGAGCCACGAUUGGGUCCUCGAUUCUGCCAUCCUCUCCUUCUACGACGACAACUCCGAUUCCCACCAGCACCGCCAACCCCAAGACCACGACGACGACCCCGCCGACCAGGACGAGGACUACAUACCUCAGGAAGUCGCCGCUCCCGCAGCCGUACCGCCCCCGCGUGUGACUCGUUCCACCGGCGCCGCUGCUGCACCGACCGCGCGGGUGACUCGUUCUUCUGCCUCUGCCGCUGCUCUUAGUGGAUCCUCGACCGCGAUGGGUUCCAGAGGGGAUAAGAAGCCUUCCAAACCGUCCGGCAGCCGGCCGACCAUCCGAACCCUAGCCGAUCUGAACCGGAGUUCUGAUCCGGGCUCCGAUAGCGACUCCGAUGGACCACAAGAGUACUACACUGGCGGCGAGAAGAGUGGUAUGCUUGUUCAAGAUCCUUCAAAAGGUGGCAAUGAUGUUGAUGCAAUAUUUGAGCAAGCUAGGCAGAUGGGAGCCAUGCAGGGACCUUUUGAGCCUCAGCAAUCCUCUAGUUCUAGAAGUUUUACUGGAACUGGUAGGUUAUUGACAGGUGAAUCAGUACCACCUGCUCCCCAACAGCCUGAAAAUGUUGUGCACAAUAUCUAUUUCUGGAGGAAUGGAUUUACUGUGAAUGAUGGUCCAUUAAGGAGGUUUGAUGAUCCUGAGAAUGCGUCCUUCUUAGAGAGCAUUAGAAAGUCUGAAUGCCCUAAAGAACUUGAACCAGCAGAUCGGAGGUCUAUGGUUAAUGUCAAUCUCAUUCGGAGGGAAGAAAAUUGCCCAGAACCUGCAAGACGCCUCACUCCAUUCCAAGGUGUAGGAAGGACACUUGCUGGUGGAUCUUCUGACAGUUCUGUGACUGAACCUACUGUGGAUAAUGCUGCGUCCAGUGCAGUGCCUUCGUCUUUCGGCCUUUCAGUUGAUGAAUCUAUGCCGUCCACUUCAAUUCAGCUAAGGUUAGCGGACGGCACUCGCAUGGUUGCACGCUUUAAUACUCAUCAUACAAUAGGUGACAUUCGGGCAUUCAUCGAUGCAUCAAGGCCUGGUUCAGCGAGAACUUACCAGCUACAAACUGUUGGUUUUCCACCCAAGCAGCUGAAUGAUGUCGGUAAGACAAUUGAGGAAGCAGGACUUGCCAACUCGGUUAUUAUUCAAAAAGGUUGAUUGAUUUCAUGCAUUAGUGUUGCUAUUUAGGAGCACCUAAACUACUAAAGACUAGGCAUAGCCUGUGUCCUAUCGGAUGCUUUCAGACUUUUAAAACUGUUACUGAAUGAUUUGGAAUUUGUUGUUUGGUGUUGAGAUGAUACAUUUCUAUUACCUAUAAUUUUGUUAA